AUGACUCAAAUUCCUCAGGACGAAAUCAGUACUGUGAAAGCAGUAAAUUAUCUACCGCACCAUGCCGUAUUCAAGGAAGGCAGCACAACAACGAAGUUACGGGUUGUAUUCGAUGGCUCUGCAAAAACUUCUUCCGGCCUUUCAUUCAAUGACGUACAGCGAGUCGGUCCUGUGGUACAAAACGAUCUCUUAUCAAUCACGCUGCGAUUUCGUCAGUACUCGGUUGUACUGUCAGCAGACAUCGCUCAAAUGUAUCGACAGAUUAGGGUUGCUGACCAUCAGCAGGAUCUACAGAGAGUGUUGUGGAGAACGGAAUCUACAAAACCUAUUCAACACUUUCGUCUCAGUGCAGUGACCUACGGUACCGCUUCCGCUCCCUUUCUAGCUACAAGAGCUCUCAGACAAAUUGGCAAAGAGAAUAAGGAAAAUUAUCCCACCGCCAGUCAGGUCAUUAUACGAGACUUCUACGUGGACGACCUACUCACCGGGACAGACACUGUGGAGGAGGCAAAGGAACUCAAAGGGGAACUUACUCAACUUCUUUCUGACGCAGGAAUGGAAUUGAGAAAAUGGGCUUCGAAUGAUCCAUCGGUACUCAAUGACUCGAAUUAUUCAACGUCUGAAAAAACGAUUCAGACUGAAAAGGAUCCCAAAACUCUUGGACUAUUAUGGGACCCACGGACAGAUACCUUGAGAUACUCGCUCAAAGAAGCUCCAUAUGCAAAGAUCACGAAACUAACAAUCUUAUCAAGAAUCGCGCAAAUUUUUGACCCACUAGGACUAGUUGGACCAGCUGUGAUUAAGGCAAAAAUCCUCCUUCAACGGUUGUGGCAACUACAAAUUGACUGGGACGAAUCUCUGCCACAGAACUUGCACUCUGAGUGGGAGUAUUUCAGCACUCACCUCAUGGCACUCAACAAGAUUUCCGUAGAACGACGAGUUAUCAACGAUAGGCCAGACUUUGUGCAACUUCAUGGUUUCAGCGACGCUUCAGAAC